AUGAACGGUUGGGUGGCUCGGAGUCUAGCGCGGCGUGCUGCGGCCCUAGGCCUGGGGCUGCGGGUACUGCUCGGCUUCGGGCUGUGCCUGGAGACCGCCUCGACUCCGAUCCAGACCUGGUCCUCUACCCAGGACCCAGGCCCUAGCGCAGGCUCGUGCCCGCCCACCAACUUCCAGUGCCGGAGCGAUGGCCGUUGCGUGCCCCUCAUCUGGCGUUGUGAUGUUGACCAGGACUGCCUUGAUGGCAGUGAUGAAGAAGAGUGUGGUACUGAGGUACCCAUUGGCAGCCGCUCCCCUUGUGACAUCAUGGAUGACUGCCCUGACCGCAACAGGAAUCGUCUCAACUGUGGGCCCCAGCCCUGUCCUGAAGGCGAGCUGUGCUGCACGCUGGACGGUCUGUGUAUCCCAAGCACGUGGCUCUGCGAUGGCCACCCAGACUGUUCCGACUACAGCGACGAGCUUGGCUGCGGAACCAAGACCCACCAGGAGGGGAGCGCCACGUCCAUGGGGACGCCUGUGACCCUGGAGAGUGUCACUUAUCCCAGGAAUGCCACAGUCACCGCCAUCGAGGACCAGGACUCCGUUCAGUCUGGAAACCGAAGUGCCUAUGGGAUUAUCGCAGCUGUAGCGGUACUCAGUGUCAGUCUGGCUGCUGGCAUUCUCUUCGCAUUGUCACGGCUCUGUGCCCAGGGAUGCCUGGCCCCGCUGCGGCUGCUGGUGUCCGUGAAGAGGUCACUGCAGCCAGAGAGGAAGACCUCGGUGCUCUGA